AAAAUGACAAAAAGAACAUCAAUAGAAGCAAUAAAUAAAAAUAAUUAUUCAUCAAUUGAUGAUAUUAAAAAAUCAUUUCAAUCAAAUAUGGAAACUUUAUUAGAAAAAGAUAGCAAUGCUGAAAACAGUUAUAAAAGAAAAUAUAUUAAUUUAAAAGAAUCAGUGGGUACAAUUAAAAAAUUAAGAUUUACAGAAACUGAGCAACUUUUCGAAGAGUUUAAAAUUAAAGCUGAACAAAGAGAUUCUGAUGCCAGAAAACUUAUAAAUAAAAUUAAAAGAGAAUUGGAUAAUUAUAAAACAAGUAACAAAGUAUUAAAAGAAACAUUAAAUUCAAAUCAUGGAUUCGAUUGUGAAACUAUAAGAAAAGAUAUUUUAUUAAGGGUUGAGGACGAUCAUAAAUUUUCAAUUUCACAAUUAAAAUUAAAUUAUGAUGAAAAGAUGUCACAAUUAGAAAGUUCAAGUAAUCAAAUGAUUGUUGAAAGAGAUCAAAAUAAAGAAAAGAUUACACAAUUAGAAUUGGAAAUUGAAAAAUUAAAACAACAAAACCAAGAACAACAAGAAAAAGAAAAAUUGGAAAAAGAUCAAUUGGAAAAAGAAUUUCAAGAUAAAAUAAUUCAAGAAAAAGAAAAAUUAGAAAAAGAAUAUCAGCAACAACAACAACAACAGCAAAAAGAAAAGGAGCAACAAGAUCAACAGGAUCAAAAAGAAAAACAAAAAAUUCAAGAUAUCAGUUUAAUAAUCAAAAAUAAUGAGCAAAUCGAUCAAUAUUACAAGGAUAUUAUCCAAGAGUUAAAGUUAAAGUUUGAGGAAGAAAGCAAAAAUAAUAAUUUGAAAUUUGAACAGAUCAUAAAGAAAUCAGAAGAGAAAUUAGCAGAGUCAUCAAAGUUAAUUUUGAAAUUAGAAACAGAGAAAACAGACUUAUUGGGUAAAUUUCAAAUGUUAUCAAAUAAAUUUCAAGAAAAGUCAAAUAAUCACAAGGAGUUAUUAAUGCAGUUUGAAGAGUUAAAACAAAAUAUUAUUAAUGAACGUGAAGAAUUUAACAAUAUAAAAAAUAAAGAAAUCGAACAAUUAAAUAAAAAAUUACAAGAUAAAUCAAAUGAAUUGCAAGAGUUAAAGGAAUCGACCGAGCAAUCAAAGAUCGAGUUACAAAAAGAAUUUGAAGAUAUUCAAGCUAAAUUUGAUGAAAAUUUAAUGGAACAGCUCAAAAAGAAAGAUCAAGAACUCGAGGAUCAAAUCAAAAAACACAACGAAGAAAUUGAAGAAUUGGAGGAAAGACUUGAAAAAUCAAAUGAUGACUCUUUACCAACUGUUGAAAAUCUUUUAAAUCAAUUAAAAGACCAAAAAUUAGAAUUGGAUAGUUUAAUUUCAAAAAAUACAACAAGUUUAAAAUAUAUAGAGUUAUUCGAAAUUUUCACUCAUCUUAAAAUUAUCCAAGUUACAGACACUACCUAUGAGCUUAUUUGUCAAAAUCAAUCCAAUAAUGCCAAAAUUCAUUUGAAGUUUUCAAUUGAGGAGGAUGGUAGUUAUAGUUGCUCAACAAUUUCAAUUGACAAUUGCAAAGAUGAAAAUAAUAUGUUUUCAGAAGAAAUUAUUUUCACAAAAGAAGAUGCAUCAGGAUUUUUAGUAAAUAUGUUAUCAAUCAUACUUAAUGAUCAAUAA